AUGGCUACCAGCAGCCUUGUCAGAGAGGCUGAGGGCGAAGUCCUAAUGUGGAAGAAGGAGGAAAAAAAGCAAGAGGAAGGAGAGGCAGCAGCAGCAGCGGGAGCAUCCAUGAGAGAGGAGGCUCCAAACUCUCCCUCAACUCUGCUGUCCCUGAGGGGGAAGGCCCGCAGUGCGGGCCCAGUGGAGGCCAAGCAGGAGCUGCACCUUCUGCAGAACAGGUGGGCCCUGUGGUUCUUCAAGAACGACCGCAGCCGGGCCUGGCAGGAUAACCUGCAACUGGUCACCAGGUUUGACACAGUGGAGGACUUCUGGGCGAUUUACAGUCACAUCCAGCUGGCCAGUAAGCUCUCUUCAGGCUGUGACUAUGCCCUGUUCAAGGAUGGCAUCGAGCCCAUGUGGGAAGACGCCAGGAAUAAGCGGGGUGGCCGCUGGCUGGUCAGCCUUGCCAAACAGCAGCGCCACACUGAGCUGGACCGCCUGUGGUUGGAGACACUGCUGUGCCUCAUUGGGGAGAGCUUUGAAGAGUACAGCCAGGAGGUGUGUGGGGCGGUCAUCAACAUCCGAGCCAAGGGGGACAAGAUCGCAGUGUGGACACGGGAGGCAGAGAACCAGACGGGCGUGCUCUACAUUGGGCGGGUCUACAAAGAGCGCUUGGGACUCUCAACGAAGACCAUCAUUGGGUACCAGGCCCAUGCAGACACAGCUACUAAGAGUAACAUCCUGGCCAAGAACAAGUUUGUGGUGUGA